AUGGCCUUGAAUAGCUAUGUGCACAGUCUCGAAGAGAGAGUCGCGUAUCUGGAAUUGCAGCUACGACAACACGGAAUCAAUGAAAGGGAGAUCGAGACAGCUGAGAAGGCCACGCCUCCCAGUGUGGUGUCCACACAACAACCUCCUCGACCACCGUCCCAUUCACUUCAGGAAGCGAUGUUGACGCACAAUGCAUCUGCGCUGGACGCUCAGACUACCGCAGACAAGGUCAUAGACCUAUCAGCACGCCGUCCUCAGGAUGAGUCCACUUUCUCCAGGAUUCUUCUGGCCGAACUCAUGAACCUAAAACAGAAGCCAAGUGUGAGAGCUCAAGACCCUUUUGCGACAGCGGAGCAUGUUAUGAUAAGCGGAUUGGAUACUUCACCUGUUUCACUUCCAACCAAAGAAGCUGCUCAGACCCUCAUCAAAUCAUACUUCCAAUUCGCGAACCUCAGCCUUCCACUUCUCCAUGAGCCAACCUUCGUGCAGAAAUUGGACCUUCUCUACAAUAUGUCGAACGUUGUGGAUUUGAAUAACGUUCAUACAACCACAGAAGCCAGGAUUGCCGUCUUUUUCGUCUUCGAGGUUUUCGCUGUUGCUCUCUUGACAAUUCAAAAGCAGGAUCCUUCAAGAAUACCAGCAUCGCUGGCAGAUCGGUACCAUAGAGCUGCUGUGAGAGCACUCAACGAGGCAGGGCUGCCCAGUGACGUCGAGGGGGUGCAAGCACUCCUUCUUGUCGGGCAGUAUUGCUACCAUCAUCCAACCGUUUGGGCUGUCUGGAAAACUGUUGGUGCGGCUUUGCGUCUCGCAGUGGAGUUAGGACUUCACAGGGAACCGACACUAGAUAAAGUGGAUCCUCUAACGCUGGACACGAUGAGAAGGUCAUUUUGGGUAGCUUAUGCCAUGGAUAGGAAUAUCUCUAUCGCGCUUACCAUGCCUUCCUGCCUGUCUGAUGGUGCUAUCACUGCCCAGUUUCCAAGUCAAGCUGAGGAUGACAAUAUCACGUCAAACGGAAUAGUCGAAGGUGCAGACUCCCCCUUCAAAGCAAAAUGUAUCAGCCACCAUGUUUUCCGAUACCGCCAGAUCCAGUCAGAAAUGCAAACUGUUCUUAACGAGAAGCCUUUUCCUAUUCGUGCCCCGGGAGAUUUGAGCCAGUGGCAGAGUGCGAUGCAUCGUCGAAUCCAAACCUGGUACGAGGAUACUCCUCGCAAUGACGAUGUUGGAACUCGUGAGCGAAGAAUCCUCGAGAAUUUCGAACUCACAUUCCAUCGCGCGCUGUUCUAUCUGUACCAACCCUCACUAAAUAUUCCAGAGCCACCCGAGAUGUCUCUACUGCUCAUGGCAGAAGCUGCCAUUAAGAUGAUUGAGCUAUAUCGCCAAUUCUUUCGCGACCACAGGCUUACCAUUUACUGGCAAGCAGUCGAAAACCUGUCUUCAGCAGGAACUGCUCUGAUGUUUAGCUAUGUCUCGUCUCCUCGAGUUCAAGAACGUCUCACUCUGCGCUCUCUUGAAUCGUUGAUCAAUAUCUGCUCCUCUGUCCUCUGGGGGAUGGUUGAACAUUUUCCAGACUUCAAAGGAAAACGCGACGCCUUUGAUCUUACUGCGUCUAAAGUGUUGGCUGAUCUCAGCCCAAGCAAUCACUCCAUGGGUACAGCCCCGGCACAAGUGCACAACAAUGAAGGAUACAUCGAUUUUGCUCCGAGUAUAAGUUACAGCUCAGUUCCAACGUUCGUGGUUGAAGGAGCAAACGAUUCUCGGAUGACGGCGAGCUCAGGCAUCAGAGGUCCCAUGAUCCAACAUGGUGGGAUUGAACCUACACCCCAUGGCUCUGCUUCUGAAGUGGAAUUUUCACUUCCUGACUUUAACGAGAUCGCUUUUGAUUGGGAAACUUUUCAGACCACGAAUGAAUUUCUCGUUCCUGCAUGGACAUGA